CCUCUCCUCCCUUCAUCAGUGGUCCCUCUCCCCCUGCUUACAUAUCCCAUCCUCGCCUUCCCCUCCCACCUCCUACAUCCCCUCCCUCGUCUCCUCCUCCUCACCCCUGCCAGACUUUGAACCCAGCACGACACACACACACACACACACACACACACACACACACACACACACACACACACACACACACACACACACUGCCACCUCCUCAGUCACUCCGCGAUGGACUUCCUUAGCGAGAAGAAGCAGUUUGUGCCCCCCGAGGGUCUGGGCACCAAGUUUGCAGUGGCGGAGGUGCAGCGGUUCAUUGUGGACUGCCUGGUGGCCGCCGGCGCCUCGAGGGAGAACGCAGUGCCCCAUGCAGAGGUGAUGGUGGCAGCAGACGUGCGGGGCCACUACAGCCACGGUCUGCAGAGGCUGGACCUGUACGUGGCCGAGUUGCGUCACAGUGUCGCGGACGGCCACGUCACGCCCGAGGUGCUGAAGGAGUCCAUUGCCACGGCCCUGGUGGACGGGAAGAGCGGCCUGGGGGGCGUGGUGGGUAGCUUCUGCAUGGACAAGGCCAUUGAGAAGGCUCGGAGUGCAGGCGUCGGCUGGGUCUGCGCCAGAGGCAGCAAUCACUACGGCAUUGCUGGCUGGUAUGCUGUCCAGGCUGCCAAUCAGGGCCUCAUUGGCAUGAGCUUCACCAAUGCAUGUUCUGGGGUCCUUGCUACCAGGGCCAAGAAGGGACUCAUGGGGACCAACCCAAUAGCCGUGGCUGCCCCGGGGAAGGCUCAGGACAACUUUGAGCUUGACAUGGCCACCAGUGUUGUUGCAAGUGGCAAGGUUGAACUCGCUGUGCUGAAGAAGGAAACCAUCCCAUCAGGCUGGCUCGUGGACGGGUCAGGACAGCCCACCACGGACCCCACCCCUGUGCAGACUGACGGUAUCCUGAUGCCCCUUGGAGGAGCAGAGCUGCACUCGGGCUACAAGGGCUCGGGUCUAGGCAUGAUGGUGGAGAUUUUCUGUGGCAUACUCUCAGGAGGGGACUAUGCCCACACUAUCCGCAACAGGACGAAUUUUGACACCCCGGCGAACCGGAGUCAAUGUUUCGUGGCCAUCAACCCAGCGUUCUUUGCCCCAGGCUUUGAGGACCGCAUGAAUGACCUGAUGGGGUACUGUCGCAACAUGGAGCCGGCGGAUCCCAGCAAGCCCGUGUUGGUGGCAGGCGACCCUGAACGUGCCCACAGCCAGAAGAUUAAAGAAGAUGGAGGAAUCACGUACCACCCCAACCAGGCCAAGAGCAGUUGGCAGAUUGCAAAGUUACUCAACGUGGCCCCAAUGAGCCCACUGUGAGAGGCAGAUCCUGGCAGCCUGAAAAGACAUGAACAGACUCAAAAAAACCUGGUCAGUUCAGAGUGAAGCCGAGCGUGUUUAUUUCCUGUAGCCGAGACUAAUCGUGGGAUUGUUAACAUGACUCUUAUCUACCUUGUCCCUGGGCAGCCUGAGUAUUAACCCAGUAGCAGCGACGGGCCAAGUUUGUGGCUUUACCAUCUACCACCAAUGGACCAAAUUUUUGCCAUGAUAGAAACCCCAAAAAAUAGAUGAUGCAUAAACUGAUCACAAAUGAGUUGAUAUAUAUUAUGAAAUGGUUUGUGUGAGUGAUGAUUUUCCUCAUUUUUUUCACUUAGAGGGAGUGGCCUUUAAGAAACAUGAUCCCCGCAGCUACCGGGUUAAAAAGAUCACUUGGAAAACUGUGUCCCAGGUUAUCAGUGAACAUUAAAUCAGGUUCAAGUCUGGAAUAACAUUAGAUCUUAUGCCAACUAAUAAUGAAGUAGAUGCUAACAAGUUGUUCAGAGUAUACUAAUAAAUACUGGUAAUAAAUGUAUUGUUUUUAAUGCAAUGUAUUUUUACUGCAUGCAUGUAUAAAAGAAUGAACACCACCUUUCAGUCUGUCGGCAUUAUUCUGGCAUGAAAUACAAGAAAUGAUGCUGGCAGUGGUGUGGCUAUGUGAUGCAAGUAUAAUAUAACUACAAUACAUAUUUUCUUAGACUGAGCUUGACAAAAAUAUAUUCUGGCUUGUGAACAUCCAAGUGAGAAUGAAACAGCACCUGAAUAUAUCCAAUUUUAUUGAUAGGCCAACAUCCAUCUUAGAGGUAUAUCUGGGGUGGUCUUCCGUUGUGCCAGGCAAUUAUCCUUGAAAGGUUGCCCUUCCAUGGCAGUCCAAUAAAUGCAAGAAAUUUG